UUGUCUGGGUAGUGGUUGAGGGAGGAAGACAAGACCUCCACGGCACCCAAGAGUGUCCCUGUGUGAUGUGUGUUCAAUGUUAGCGAGCGCCGCCCUGCACCCAGCGCCGCCUGGCAGACAUAACUCCAAGUCUUCUUUUGCCUCCACUUUGCCCAACAACUGACGCUCUUGAGCCAUUUUUUCCCCUGGCAUAAUCACCGGGGAAGCAGCGCGAGGGGCGACGCCAACCUUCGACAGCACACAGCCCGCCAUAACAAUACACCUCCACUACACUCUCCCGCCACACACAACCACCACACCCACACUACCAUUACCCUACCACCCCCACCCCACAACACCCCAGUACACCCCACUACCGCCACCACGACACCCCGGUACACCAGAACACGCUUCAUGUCCGAACUUCAAGCUGUUGCACUUCUCCCAGGCAUCCUUCGCUGCAGAAACACUUCCUCUCACACUUGGAGCGCGCACACACACUCCAAAUACGCCACACCUCACUCCAAUACACCCACACAUAGACCAACACACCUCACUACACCCACACAAACAAAACACACAAACGCCCGAGCCAACAUGAGCCCCACCUGCCCCCUCAACUAACAGACUAAGCCAGUAAACACCACCACACGCAGACAGGUCGCAUUUACUGACUAAAGUGGGAAUGUGAAGUUAAACUACAGUCCUCCAACACCCGACCCCCAGGACCCCUGCGCCAGUCAGCCCUCGUCACGCCCACCACCUCCCACACCCCCCUCUCUCACAGCCAGGCCGCCCCAGACACCUGCUAGGCCGCCCCAGACACCUGCUAGGCCGCCCCAGACACCCAACACACCUGCCAGGCCGCCCCAGAUACCCAACACACCUGCCAGGUAGCCCCAGACACCCAACACACCUGCCAGGCCGCCUCAGACACUCAACACACCUGCCAGGCCGCCCCAGAUACCCAACACACCUGCCAGGCCGCCCCAGACACCCAACACACCUGCCAGGCCGCCCCAGACACCCAACACACCAGCCAGGCCGCCCCAGACACCCAACACACCUGCUAGGCCGCCCCAGACACCCAGCACACCUGCCAGGCCGCCCCAAACACACAGCACACCUGCCAGGUCGCCCCAAACACCCAGCACACCUGCAGGCCGCCUCAAACACCCAGCACACCUGCAGGCCGCCCCAGACAGCCGGCACGCCUUCCACAACAAGAGAAGCGCCCAUCUCACAGGAAGGAGCCAGCGGCAGCCAUGGACCACCAGAGGAGUGGAGUGUGCGCCAGACUGUCAGUCUUGUGUGUCCUCAUACUGCUGCUGCCAACUCCAGGUGACGGGAUGUCGGAGUCGGAGACGGAGCUGAGACGCCACCUGCUGGUUAACUACGACAGGACGGCCCUCCCAGCCUCCACCACCGUCGUCAAGUUUAGGAUCACUCUCAAGCACUUCGAUAUGAUCGAGGAGGAACAAGCCCUGAUGGUGGACUCCUGGAUCGUUAAUGAGUGGGUUGACCCACGUCUGUCGUGGACUCCUGACGAAUACCGGGGCAUCUCCAAGCUCGCCUUCCCCUACAACAUGCUCUGGAAACCCGACCUAGACGUCUACAACAGUGCCAAGGUGGGAGACCCGCCCUCCUUCUCCAACACGCUGCUCAUUGUCUUCCCCAACGGGCGGGUGCUCUUUGUGCCACCGAUGAGACUCCACUUCACCUGCGUCAUGGACCUCACUUUCUGGCCCCAUGACACCCACAACUGUACCCUCAUCAUCGGCUCCUGGGUCCACGACGGAUUCGCUAUCGACCCCCAGAUUAUGGACGACAAACCGGAGAUAGACGUGCCUGUGCGACAGACUGAGAGCGGCAGGAACCUUACAAGAGGAUCAUGGGAGCUGGUGGAGGCCAACAUGACAAGGGACGUGCAACGGUACCUGUGCUGUCCAGAACCCUAUGUCACUAUUAAAGUGUCCAUUCUUGUCGCCAGGAAUGCUCCCGCCUAUGCCUGGACUGUCAAGCUGCCUGCUGUGGGUCUGAGUAUUCUGACGUUUGUGCUGUUCCUGCUUCCUCCCUGCGCCGGGGAGAAGAUUAUCUUUGGUGGCCUCUGUCUUAUACUGGACGUCCUCUUCCUGGCCUACACGUCUAACGUGGUCACGCACGCGCCCUCUCACACCCCACUCAUCAUUGAGAUGGUGAGUGAGCAGCUGCUCCUUGUGGUGGGCAGUGUGAUAGUGGCUGCAGUGUCAACAAGGCUGGCUCGUGACCCCCACACUUCAGGAAUCCCAGGCUGGAUCAAGCGACCUCUCCUUGUCAUCUCGUCAUGUCUCUGCCUCGGCAACUACAAGUCUCUCGUGUCCCAGACCAACCAUCCAUACUCUCGAGCAGUGAAGACUGAGGAGAUGGAACUGGGCGAGAAUGGCACUGCUCAUCUAUACUGCGGUGCUGACGAUAUCUCCACUGCUUGUGGCCUUGACUGGCUCCUGUUGGCCGCUAUCAUUGACCGCUUUUCCCUUAUCGCUUUUAUGAUCAUCUUUGUUGCCAACAUGCUAGCCUUCAAAGUUGUUGUCAUUGUUGUUGUAAAGAGCUUGGAGCUGGUAAAGUGUUUAAUAAGUGUAGAGAAGGCUGCCAUGAUUAUUGAGAGACGAGCCAUUAGCAGCACAAUAGAGAUCUGUGUGGACAGGGAACGGGUACGUGGGCAUGAAGCGGGCAGAGAACGGGUGUAUGGGCAUGAAGAGGACAGAGAACGGAAGCGUGGGCAUGAAGCGGGCAGAGAUCGGGUGCGUGGGCAUGAAGAGAAUAGAGAACGGGAGCGUGGGCAUGAAGAGAGUAGAGAACGGGAGCGUGGGCAUGAAGAGAGUAGAGAACGGGAGCGUGGAGGACAGAGCGUGGGUCCGAAAGAGAGCCGGGCAGCACCCCAACACACACACGGGCAGUGCUCCGUGGCUCAUCUCAACAGUAGCACGCAUCCUCUUGCUUCCUGGAUCAAGACUCUGAAGACGCCUUUUAGUGCAAGAGUCUACACCGACCGUAGCAACAUGAUCUGUGGACCCCUGGCAGUGAAGUUGUUGAUGUUGGCCGCCGGCAUGACCUUACUGGCUACCAAUGCCGCGGGCGACCAGCGGAGGGUGCAGGCAGAACAGCAGCUGCGGAAGAGACUUCUUCAGGACUACGACAAGUCGGUGGUUCCCGGAAGCCCCACCACCGUCUCCCUCAGGAUGAUGACGAUUACACACUUCGAACUGCUGGAGGAGAAGAACAUGAUGGAGGUCCACACCUGGUUUGGCAUCAAGUGGAGGGAUGAGCGGCUGGGGUGGGAGGACGACGUGGAGGGCUUGACCUACCUGGCCAUCGACCCACAAGUGGUAUGGAAGCCAGACCUGACCCUCUACAAUGGGGGUGACCCUGGCCAGAGUGUGAUGGACUCCAACGUGCUAAUCUUAGUGUUCAAGAAUGGUACGGUGUUGUUCGUGCCUCCAAUAGCCUUCCACUUCCCCUGCACCAUGGACCUCACCUACUGGCCCCACGACACACAAAACUGCUCCUUCAAGAUCGGCUCCUGGGUCCAUCACGAGCGUAUUAUUGACCUGGUCAUCGAGGAUUCCAAGGUUGAGGUAGUGUCUGACGACCUGGAGACUGACGACGGCAACAAGAUGGUGAAGCAGUGGGAGGUGACCAGCGGGGAGGUGACGAGGGAGUCUAAGUUUUACCCGUGUUGCCCUGAUGCCUACACCAGCGUCGUCUCUACCCUCCAGCUGGCUCGCAACGCUCCCGCCUACACCUGGACCGUCAAAGUUCCUGUCGUGUGUCUGUCGUUGGUGGCGCUGGUGGUGUUCCUCCUCCCACCAGGGGCCGGGGAGAAACUCACCGUGGGAUUCCUGUGUCUCAUCUUGGACAUGCUCUUUUUGGCCUACACCUCUCAUGUGGUGGCCCACGCCCCCUCCCACACCCCACUCAUAGUGCAGCUGGUGAGUCAGCAGCUGGUGGUGGUGGCGGUGAGUGUGGUGGUGGCCGGGGUGGUGGCCAGGGUGGCCCGGGCGCCACACCCCAACCCACUCCCCAGCGUCAUCAAGGCUCCCAUCACAGCCCUCUCCAACCUCUUCUGUCUCGCCAACUAUGCCAACAACGUGGACGGGAGCGUGAAGCCGUCAGGUGGGCGGGUCGGGUCGAAGGGUGAGGAGGUGGAGCUGGGAGAGGAAGGCAGCAGCGGGGAGACGACGGGUGUGGACGGCAGCCAUGCUAACCAGUGGCUGCUACUGGCUGCCCUCCUUGACCGCCUCGCUCUUAUUCUCUACCUCCUCGUCUGCAUCAUCACUCUCAUACGAUUCACCAGCGUCCUCUAGUGCUGCCUUCCACCACCUGCACAUCGUCUGCCUUCCUACCUGCCACCUCCUGAUCUGCUCACUAUAACUCUGGGCUGCUCGACGUUCCUCCGAUACCAAAGUACCCAUUACGUAAUUGGUAUCAUCUUUAGCUCCUGCUACAUACCAACUUGCCCCCAUUUGGAAUAUGCCAAACUCACCUGGUACCACCUGUGUACCUACUGCCCCCGUGGUACCAUCUAGAGUACCCACCAUCCACCUAGCACUGCCUUAGGUAUCCACCACAUAUAUAGAGUGGAACCCUACCUUCUCCCAUCUGGAGAAACCAUCAAUCACAUGGUGCCACCUGGAGGUAUCGACCAUCCAGAGGAAUACGUAAUAACCACCUGGAGCACUUACUCACCUGGUACUUCCUGGACCACCUCCUGCCCACCUGGUAUGACCCGAGUGCCUAGGUGGACCACUUGGGUCCACCUACAACAACAUCCACCUACUUGGAGUCUCUAAGUGUUAACAAAACCAACCAUUUACUCGCUCCCUUCCACUAAUGAAACCAUUACUGACCAUUUGGGGUACCCAGCACCCAUCUGGAUUGACCAGUACUCUUGGAGUAGCUGAGAGCACCUCUCACUUACCUGUAGUACCUACAUAGUGUCAGGAGUA